AUACCACUUCCGGUCGGUAGCCAAAACAGAGUUGGCUAUGGAGGAACUUAUACUACGCGACCGAAUCAACCAGAUCGAGAAGCUAAAAACUGUUGUAGGCAGGAGGGAAAACGGUUGUCGCCCCCUUAACAUCUUGAUUAUUGGCGCACCAGGGUCUGGGAAGUCUUCCUUCAUCAACUCCAUAGCAGCAUCCAUUGUAGAUGAUUAUUGGAGGGAAUAUGCCAUCAGCGGGGCACAAGGCCGCGGGGCCUUUGGUGAACAAGGCCGCGGGGCACAAGGCUGCCAGGGAGGUUCAAACAACACGAUUCGGAUCAAAAGUUUUACUGCAGCUGACUAUGUGACGUCAUCAAGGCUACAGGGAUACGCUCUCCCAAGCAUCAUAGACAUUGCUGGUCUUGAUGACGAACAUUCUAAAAUUACAGAAGAGAUUUUAAGACUAUUAUUUUAUGGUCAGUUAGAAGAUCAUGUAAAUAUACAUUCAGUGUUUAGUUAUGGAAAACAGUACGGUGUGGAAUCAAUGCGAUGGAAGUUCUUCAAAUGGUACACGGCCGAUGGUUGUAAAGUUGAUCGCAUCAUCGUGGUUGCUGCAGCAACACAGCCUAUACCGAAAAAUCUAAUCCAAUGUGUGAUGAAGGCUGCGCGCCCGACCAGCGAUAGGUUCACAAGAGAAAUUCCAGUUUUCGGCGUCCUCACAAAGUUUGACCAGGUCGACGAAUCCGGGAAAAUAUUUAAAGACAGAAAACAGAAUUUCAUUGAAAGCCUGUCCCUGGUUGGCGCUACUCAUAGACUUGCGCAGUGCGUCAAUUAUUGUGACGAUAUUGACCCAAUAUCGGCAAGGACACAACAAACCCUACCAGACGUGGACGUCCCUAUCCUAAGAUUUAUGAACGUGGUUAGUAUGAGUGUGUGGAUCUAACUACGUCGUCACCAAACCGCACGAGAGUUACACGAGCGUAAUCUUUUGGGAAGCUGCACGUCAGCAAUCGGGCAGCAUAAUGCAGAUG